AGAUAUUUUCCUCAAAGUUUAGCUUUUAGGGUGCCUAGAUUCAUUCAAGGAGACGCCAUCUGUGAAUUUCUGUUCCGAUGCUACUGGGAUACUACGGCAAUCUGCAAGGGAACGACACGACGACACAUGGUCUUAGUCUCAGAUUACCUGAUUCCACAUUACCACUUGCUGAUAGACCUUGCUUCGAGUUUCGUCUGCCACAUUGUUCCUCAUUGCCGACACUACUUACGCAUUGCAAUACCCAAGGAGGAUUUUAAAAUACUGUUAGCCUUGAUACAAAACAAGGUAGCUCACCGAAAACAACACCGUAGUAGUUCCAAUCGUCGAGAUCUCGGGACACAUAUCACUAAAUUCGAAAAAAGCAAAGCGAAACUCAAUAUAACCAUGCCAUCGAACUCGAACACGCAACUUCUAGCCAUUGCCGGUGCCGUUCUGGCGAUCUCAGCCCCGGCCUCCGGUUUUGUCCCGAGCCAGAGGCUUCCGGCGGCCACAAAGAGCUCGAGCAAUCUCUUCCAGUCUUCCCGGUCGGCCGUACCGGACUGUGCCCCCAUUGGGGAGGUCAUCUCGGCCGUGGGCUCGGGUCUCGUCGACGAGGAAGAAUUCACGCCCGCCAAGGAGAAAAUUAUUAAGGAACCAGGCCUUUGGGAAUACAACUUUGGCCUCCAGGACCCCGGGCUCGCGAUGCCUCACGGAAUCGUUAAAGACGUGACGGAACCCGAAACCUUUGCCAUCACGGAGGAGCAGAUCGCCACGCUGGAAAGGGACGGAGUGGUUCACAUCAAGGGCGUCUUUGACGAGCAAUGGGUGGAUUACCUGCGCAAGGCCACCGCCUACCAGGUCGACGAGCCGCAUUUUUGGGCCUUUGCUGGAACCGCGUCCAAACUCUACGACUACAUUCAGCGAAACGUCUGGCAGACCAACAGUGCCUUUGCGCGCUUUUACUACCACUCCGCGAUGGGUCACGUCCUUGCGCAAUGUGGCCGCACCGACGAGAUCCGAGUCAGCACGGAUCUGCUCAUGGUCAACCCCAACAAGGGCUUCAAGUGGCACCAGGACAACCAGAACGGGCCCAUUUCUUGGGAGGAGGGCCUCCGCUUCUGGAUCACCAUGGACGAGACGCCGAAGGAAUACGGAGCUCCCGUAUACUUGCAGGGAUCCCACAAAAACGAUGUGGUCGACGAACAGGCCGUCUUCGUAGACAUUGAACAGGACGGACUGGAGGAUUACAACACAAAAAUGCUCGAGUUCCGAACGAUGCCCGGUGACAUGCUCAUCUGGCACCCAAGGACGAUCCACAAGGUCGACGGACCCGCUGACGGCAUCUGGACUUCCUACCGACGCGUGCUGGGGGGAACCGUGGCCAAGGCCGGUAGCGUCUACCACGACAAGCGGGGCAGCGGGGGCGUUCUGUCCGAUCUCGGACGACACGGGCUUGAGGACGGUAAAGCGUUGAAGUCUUCCUUUUUCCCCGUAGUAUACCCCAAGUUUGACAGCGCCGAGGCCGCCGACCGCGACUCUGGGAACGUUGGACGAAACCCCAUGGACAUUGUUUCGAAGCUGGGCGGCCUGGCGACUAAAGCCUCGGGAGAACGCUUCAAUUCUUUCUUCCAGGUGUUGGGAAGCCAGAGCAAUUCGAAGUAAAGAUUUCAAUCUCACAUCAAGCUCAGCAAGUUGAGAAUUGAAAUUGGGUGUGUCUGAGUGUGUAGAACGGGUAGACAAACAACUAAAACAAAACGAAUCGGCGCAUCCGUGUUCGUACACCACUCCACACCCAAAGGUAGGCAGCCAGGCCGCGCACAACACAGAACAGCACACACGCACAAAAAUUCCGAGAAAUGGAUUCCACUAUUUCUGGGAACAGCAGGAAGCACUCCCUUUCUUGCUUUGUAUAUUAUUAUCAUUAUUAUUCUCGUAUGUGCGGUGUCCCCCAAGGAGAAGGGCUCGGAGUACAAAUCUACUCUAGUGGUGUGCUUGUUUUUUAUCCUAUUUAACAACGGUAGAGUAACAUAGAUUGGGGUUAAUGCGAUGAAAUUUCAUCAAAGAUUUUCUACAAGGCAGAAUGAAUACUUUUUUUAGGU